UGUGUCUUCUUCUCUCCGUCAGAUUCCUGUCAGCUCACAGUCGACACAAACACAGUAAACAACAAACUCAAACUGUCCAAAAACAACAGAGAGGUGACGUAUGUGUCAGAGGAUCAGUCAUAUCCUGAUCAUCCAGACAGAUUUGACUACUGGCCUCAGCUGCUGUGUAGAACUGGUCUGACUGGUCGCUGUUACUGGGAGGUCGAGUGGAGAGGAGGAGUUGAUAUAUCAGUGAGUUACAGACGAAUCAGCAGGAGAGGAGACAGUGGAGACUGUUUGUUUGGACUGAACGAUCAGUCCUGGAGUCUGAUCUGCUCUGAUGGUGGAUACACUGUCUGUCACAUUAAGAGAAAAACACCCAUCACCUCCUCCUCCUCCUCCUCUGUCUCUGGUAGAGUAGCAGUGUAUGUGGACUGUCCUGCUGGCUCUCUGUCCUUCUUCAGAGUCUCCUCUGACUCUCUGAUCCACCUCCACACCUUCAGCACCACAUUCACUGAACCUCUUUAUCCUGGCUUUGGGCUCUGGUCCUGGUCUCCUGGUUCCUCAGUGUCUCUGUGUCCUCUGGAGGACAGACAGUCUCCUGUCAGUGAUCACAGAGUUCAGUGUGUUGAGGAUCACAGCUGAUGGGAGGUCCCAGACUGUGUAGGAUGUGAGUUUUACCUGAGGGAGGCGCUAGAGGACAGAUGAUGGACCCAUGAAGGUCCUGAAGAAGCAUCAGUGUGUAAACUCUCGUAUAGACUUUGAUCCUCUUCAGAAGAAAAACCCUAAAACCAUCAGAGUUAGCCAGCCUCUCCAGCACUCAGCCAUUUUUGGGUAUUUUCCUGAAGUAGCUUCUUAUUGGCCUUCAACAUCAUUUGUGCUGUUUGAAAUUCCUCCAUAAGUGUAAAUAUGAAUAGUUUAGUAAGAAUAAUGAGUCAGUGUGAUCUAGAUCUCCCACAGUGUGAAUGACUGCUUUCUGUUUUGGACAACAGAAAGUGAAUGUCAUCAACUUUUGUAGUUGUUGCCCCAAUUCAAAUCUGUAUUUUGUUGUUUUCAUGUUUAAUGUGAGAUUUCCUGCUAACUCUAUCAUCUACUGUCCCACCAACAAAUGUCUUCAUCGGCUCUUUGAAUUUCAGCCCCAUCUGUUCUCUCAGCAGGAAUAUUUUCAUUGUUUCUGUAAAUGUGGCUUCCAAAUAAAUAUUAUCGGUCUCAA